AUGGAUAAUCGUGGCAAGGCCAUCUUUUCCUUUAUGUUUGAUGAUGAUUCAGAUGAUGAAGAACAUCAUCAGAGAGUGAUAGAAGCCAUUGUCCACCAUACUUCACAGGAAAAUGAAGCCACCAAACAUGGUGGGUCAGUAGUCGGUCGUGUGUACAAGAACCGUGAGAAGGAAGAUCGCCCUCUCAAUCUCAUGUCCGACUACUUUGUUGAAAGGCCACAUUUUAAUACUACCGACUUUCAUAGGCGGUUCCGAAUGCAGAAAGAUUUGUUUUACCACAUCUUGAAUGAUGUUGUCAACCACGAGCCAUACUUUCGCAAAAAAAAAGACGGUCUCGGCCGACAAGGGCUAUCCUCUGUGGCCUCGUACGACACAUGGAUAUGGCAUGCCUUUUUUGAAGCCGCUGGAUCCAACAAUGAUAUCAACAUUUUAGCUCGUUCUCCAUUGUUCAAUGAUGUGGUACAUGGAGUGGCUCCUCAUGUUGAAUAUAUUGUCAAUGGAAAUCAAUACCAUUUGGGCUAUUAUUUAGCAGAUGGGAUCUACCCCCGUUGGGCCAUUUUGGUGAAGACCAUAUCUUCUCCUGAUAACCCAAAGAAUAGGCUUUUUGCACAAAUGCAAGAAGCGUACAGGAAGAAUUUUGAAAGAGCAUUUGGAAUACUACAGGCUAGAUGGGCUAUUGUUCGAGGCCCUGCACAUAUGUAG